AUGUACGAAACCCGGAUGACCGAGCCGUUGGGUGUCGACACCAGAUCUGCACUGGCGACCAAAACCCAGACUUUCGCUACUACUUUUGAGUUUACCGACGAGCAAGUGUCCACUCCUACAUCUGUUCCUCGAAGUCGCAGCCGUGGAAACAGUAUCUCCGUCCAGCAGAAGGGGUCGCCGGAGCGACACAGGCCCCCCAUGAAAUCCACCAGCGAUGGGCGCUACACGCCCAGCCCGGAGCCGGCGCCAGCACUAUUCGUGCGAGCCAUGUACGAUUACGAUGCCGAUGACCACACGAGUCUCAGUUUUCGCAGAGGUGAUAUCAUACAGGUUCUCAAUCAACUAGAGACUGGCUGGUGGGAUGGUGUCAUCAACAACAGCGUCCGGGGCUGGUUCCCCAGUAACUAUUGCGCUAUUAUAACCGAUCCAAGCGAAUUAGAGGGUCAGGUGGUACAUCCUCGCGACGAAGACGAGAUCAGCGCGGAAUCGGCUACCGGUGAGGACGAAUAUGAAGAAGAGCACGAGCACGAUGAAGAUGAGGUCGACUCCACAGGAAACCCGCGCGAUUCACAACCGAUACUUCCUAUCGAAGGUGUACCAGCCCCCAAGGAGCAGGAAGAAGCCGCAUUCUGGAUCCCUCAAGCGACGCCAGAUGGCCGUUUAUUCUACUUCAACACUCUCACCGGCUACAGCACCAUGGAAUUGCCGUUUGAGAAUCCCUCUGCGAACGAAAGCGGACCCUUCGACCGAAACAACUUUUUCGUGCCGGACCAGACUCGGCCACCACCCGAAUUGAUGGCUCGCGGUUUCGAGCGCGACGAGGAUGAUUAUGAUGGCUCGGCAUCUGAGGCGGAGGGAGAGUCUCUAAUGCUGGCCUCCCACGAUUCUAUGUCUCGUCGUCGUCGCUCAUAUAUUGAUGGUGUAUCUCCUGCUACGUCCAUGGACUCAUUGCAUCCUCCAUCCGCCACCAAAUCGAUCAAUGAAGGCAAGAUCUCGCACCAAUCCAGUCGGGACCUGCAGAGGACAACCACCGCCGGGAGCAAUACGUCCGGGCCCGUUCACAUUCACAGACCGUCCGUCUCUUCCCAAGCUCCUUCCCGCUUCGUCGAUGACGGCCUCACGGCUCCUGUCACUUGGCCGAUGCUGGUUGACAAUAUGCGUCACGCUAUCGAAGUAUAUCGCCAGACACUACUGAAUGGAGAUCGCUCCGAGUAUGUGAGGAAGGCGGAAGACAUAUCUGAUCAUCUUCGCAUGCUUCUUGCUGCUGGGUCGGACACUACAGACAAUCAUUCUGGGAAUCCGUCGAUUAUUUCGCAAAACAAGCCACUCUAUCCCCACUUCAGAGAAAUGAUGUCUAAAUUCUCGAAACUCGUUCUCUCGUCGCAUGUUGCAGCUGCCGAUUGGCCAGGGCCAGAUUCCGUCAACAAGUGUUUGCAGGAGGCAGACGGCGUUAUACAAGGAGUCUACGGCUACGUCGAAGUUGCGAGACAACAGCGGGGUGAAACCAUUCGCCGUAUCGUUCCUGGGUUCGUUGUCGGAAGCUCUUCGGGAGGCGGCUGGCAAAACAAUGGUGUAUCUCUAGAUGAUUCGGGCCCGACAUCAUUUUUGGACCAGGAUGGCGCAGAUUCUCGCGUGGAACCCUCGGUGCCUCUGGACUCUGCUCUCCUGGACCAUAUCGACAUUCUCAGGAGGUCAUUUGUUGGGACUAUACGGCGACUAGAGGAGCGAUUGUCACUCAACCAGAAGAAGAUUGUUACAUAUGCGGAACAGCGCGAAAUCAGUGAUUCAGUUGCUGCAGCUGCAAUCAAGGUCGUUGAACAAUUUCGUCCUUGGAUUUCUGCUGUUGAAUCCAUCAAUCUCGCACCGCUAGGAACAAGUUUCCAGAAUCCUCAGCUGGUCGACUUCAGUCUACAGAAGCAGAGAGCCUAUGAUGCCAUCGCAGAUUUUGUCAUUAGCUGCCAGGCUGUUUCCGCGCCGCUGGGCGACGAGUGGGCUGAACUUCGCGGAGAUUCUCUUGAAGACCGCCUGAAUGCCGUGAGGAGUAUCGCCAGGCAGCUUGAAAACUUUGUCUCUCAGAUUGGUUUCUCCCUAUCGCUUCUUCUCGAACAGAUUCCUGAGCCCUCUUCCACCUUUAGGAGCGAAAGUCGUCUGGAGGGCGACAAGGAAGCUUAUAAGGGCAUCCAUAGUCGUGGUGAUUCUCAGGCAAGGAUUGCGACAGAGACAAUCGGGAUACCAUCCUCGUAUUCCGUCGAUCCGCCAUCUGAAAAAGUUCGUCGCAACAUGGAUAAAGCGCAGAGGUUCUUUGGCCAAGCUCCACCAGCCGCUAUCACUCGGGAGCCUAUUCGGGAGCCUGUCCGGGAACCGGAGGAGACGCCUUGGUUCUUGAACAUGGAUCACGAAGGUGAAGUGUUUUACGACACCAAGGCCGAUGUACCCACCUUGAAAUGUGGAACAUUGGCGGGCUUGGUGGAGCACUUAACUCGCCAUGAUAAACUGGACGCCUCUUUCAAUAACACUUUCCUCCUCACAUAUCGAUCCUUCACGACUGCGUCGGAGCUCUUUGAAAUGCUCGCUGAGCGCUUCAACAUCCAGCCUCCAUUUGGACUGAAUUCAGAUGAAAUGCAGAUGUGGAUAGACAGGAAGCAAAAGCCUAUCCGAUUCCGAGUUGUCAAUAUCCUCAAAAGCUGGUUUGAGCAUUUCUGGAUGGAGCCGAAUGAUGAGGCGCAUAUGAAUCUUUUGGCUCGCGUUCACGCAUUUACCAAGGACUCCAUUGCGACGACGAAGACACCUGGCUCGCCUCAACUGAUGGCAGUUAUCGAGCAGCGCCUCAAAGGUCAAGACACCACAGUAAAGCGCCUCGUCCCUACACAGGCCACCGCUGCUCCUCCCCCCAUCCUUCCUAAGAAUAUGAAGAAGCUUAAAUUCCUGGAUAUUGAUCCCACGGAAUUCGCCAGGCAGCUUACCAUUAUCGAAUCACGCCUCUACUCUAAAAUCAGGCCCAUUGAGUGUCUGAAUAAGACUUGGCAGAAGAAGGUUGGCCCCGAUGAGCCGGAACCUGCUACGAAUGUGAAGGCUCUGAUUCUCCAUUCAAAUCAAUUGACCAAUUGGGUUGCGGAGAUGAUUCUCACGCAAUCCGAUGUCAAGAAGCGAGUUGUUGUCAUAAAGCAUUUCGUGAACGUGGCAGAUAGAUGCCGCGCGCUCAACAAUUACUCUACGCUCACAUCCAUUAUCUCUGCUCUCGGGACGGCGCCGAUUCAUCGACUCGGUCGGACCUGGUCUCAAGUCAGUGGCCGUACGUCUGCAAUUUUGGAGCAGAUGCGCAGACUCAUGGCCAGCACGAAGAACUUUGGCGAGUAUCGGGAAACGUUGCAUCUCGCAAAUCCACCUUGCAUUCCUUUCUUUGGCGUUUACCUAACGGACCUGACGUUCAUCGAAGACGGUAUCCCAUCUCUUACGCCUUCAGAGCUUAUUAAUUUCAACAAACGCGCCAAGACUGCGGAAGUCAUUCGGGAUAUUCAACAGUAUCAAAACGUCCCGUAUCUCCUUCAACCAGUCCCGGAACUACAGGACUACAUACUCAGUAAUCUUCAAGCGGCAGGUGACGUCCACGACAUGUACGACCGGAGUUUGGAGGUGGAGCCGAGGGAACGUGAGGAUGAAAAAAUAGCGAGGUAUGCUGCUGCUGCAUCGAGUAGAGACUUAAGAAGUCAUAGUACUAUGGCCAUCGCGAGCUCGGUUAUCGCAUCGCGAUGA